AUGAGACAACAAUUACAUUCACUUUUAUUCAUUAAUAUUUCUGCAUUUUUCCUUUUGUAUUGGAUAUGCUGUUUUAACAUAGAUUUAAAUAAAAUUAACAAAUGUUUUGAUGAAAACUUGGACAACUGUACAAAAUUAAAUACAAGAACUUAUAGAUUACUAUCAAAAUGUAAAAAAUAUAAUUAUAUAAGUAUUGUGGGGUUAAAACAAGAGAUGCCAAAUAUUGGUACACUACAAAAAAAAGAUAUAUCAAAUAAAAAAGGAGGUGCGAUGAGAAAAAAGAAGCAAUUAAAUGAAUAUUCAACAAAAAAUGUGGAAGGGAAUAAAAAGGUUGUUAACAGUAAAUCAUAUAUAUUUGUGACAAAAAAUUAUUCCCAUUUGGAAAAAAAAAUAUUCAAAGAACUUGAUUUUAUGGAGUUCCUUAAAAACAACAGAACAGUUAGUGAUAAAACUUACCAAAAAAUAAUACUUAAAAAAUACGGAUUUCGAAUUGGUUUACCUUCAUUAUUGUUUUUGUUGUUAUCAUUAUCGCUCAUAUUAGAUUUAUUUGUUGGUUGCGGAGUUAUAAAUGCGUUGUUUUUCUUAUUAAGUAAAAUUUCAAUAGGGUGGUUUCAUCCUUUACAUGAUGCUCUGAAGAAACCUUUAGAAUGGUUGUGGAAGACUGUAAGAUGGAAGUCAAAUAAUACCUUAAGCUCCUCCCCUGGUAAAUCGGUUUAUUUUCAAACAACAUACGUUACAGAAGGUUUUUUUGGUAUUAUUAUAUAUAUACUACCCUUCAUUAUAUUAGGUAUCACAGCUAUAUUAGGGAUUAUUUAUUACCAUAAAAAAGUUAAAAAAUAUGAGAAAAUUAAAUUCAGAAAAAGGUAA